CCCCAGUUCUUAUCAGAAACGCGAAGCUAGAAGAACGUGUGCCGCGCAUGCACUCUGCAUAACUAAACCAUUUUGAUGACGAAUUUAAUGACCUGAAAAAAACGCCAAUCACUUUCACACAUUGCAUAGAUGAAAAUUGAAAUAGCCGACAACAAAGAAGAGCAGCAGCGCAGCAGCAGCGACGUCGCAGCAGCAGCGGCAGCGACAGUGGCAGCGAAAACUGUGGGCGCAUUGAUUAUAUUUUCAUAAUCAACGAAAGAGCAAAAUAAAACAGAAAAACGCAAAGCGCAGAGCAGAAGAAAAUAAAAAAUAGCAGUCGCAGCGCCUCGUACUCGCUUUCAAUGAAAAUCGCAUAAUGGCAACAACACCUGAAUCGUGUAGAGCACGCGAUUCUGUGGAGGCGUUGGAACUGGAGGCGGUGGAACCAGAGGCCGAGACGGAAGCAGCGACGGAGGCUGCUGCGCCAGCUGAUAUGUCAGCUAAUGCUGCGAUUGAGGCUGAGGCUGAGGUUGAAGCAGAGUCCGAGCCCGCAGCGUUGGAUACUGUGGAUGCGACGACAGCGGCAACAACUGGCGAUGAACAAAAGCAAAAUGAGCAAGUGCAACUGGCUCUGCCAUUAGCAACGCUGGAGCCGCAGUCACUAGAGCCUAUUUCUAUGGAUGAUAUACCUGAGCCCAUCAAAGUGCUCGACGAUAUAAUAUCAGAGUUCGAGGAGGCAACAACGAAACCGGUGGCCUUGCAUAGUAAUAGUGGAGAGAAUCAAUCGGAGGACGACGGCUACAUGAGUCUGAGUCGUAAAAACAUGUCCAAGAAAGACUCCGAGGAUGUGCCCCAAACGCCCAGCACAGACACCGUGCCUGAGGGCAGUUUCAAUGAAGUUGAUGGCACGGCCGAGAACCUAACUAAAUUAUCCGAGACGGAGCACAGUCAGGAAGCAGCACUGCCACUCAUACAGACAACGUUGCCCAAAGCACGCAGCGCCAACUCAACGCCCGUCACCAAUAGCAACUACUCGAGCUUGCCUUGCUGCGGAGCUCGUGCCACCAACCAUGCAGCCACUAAUAUAGGCAACCUGUCAACCGGGCCAUGCUCCAAUCGCACGGGCAGCUGUAAUGGUGAACGCAACGCACUGGGCAUUGACAUUAGUGCCGUGCAUAAUGCCGUCUUGCGUGGUAAUUUAGCCAAGCUGCCGGAGCCAAUGUUGAACGAGCAUCCAGUAACAAUCUAUCCAGGACCGUCGGCUAAGGCAUCGGGCGAGGGUGCGCGCUCGAAGCGCUUGCUUAACUCUGUGGAGAAGCACAAAGAGGUCUGCCACAUGCUCAAUCCGCAUUCCAAUAGCACCAGCUCCACGUCAUCGAGUUCGCAUACAUCGAGUGGUGAAGCUUCGCCAGCGGCAUCGCAUGUUAAUAUGGCAACGCCCAAGCAACUGCCAGUGGAUGACUAUUCCGAGGACUCGCUGGAGGAGUCCACCAUCUCCACAGACCUGACGCCCGUCAAGCAGAAUGGCGUUGCCUGGGAGAUACACUUUAAAAGCAAUAAAAAGAAGUCUACGGCUUCGAAGAAGUCAACAGGGGCGGCUGUUAAGAGGCAGCCACAGCAACAACAUCAACAGUCCAACAAUCUCGCUGAUUUCAACAACAGCUUUAUCUACAACGAUCAGAGCAUGCUGGGCAAGGGCACCUUUGUCAUACGUCGCUCCGGCGCCAAGAAGCCGCCACGUGCGGCUGAAGUGUUUAGCAUACCGAAGCCACCGCGCACGUCGCUGGGUGCGGGCGCCAUUAGCAACGAGUUCUACACCAGCGAUAGCGAGCCCAGCGAGUCGGCACCGCUGCCGCCACCGCCUGCGCCAUCCGAGAUGAACUUCAUCUACAAGGAGUGUGAAGCGCAAUCGGCGCAAACACGACGUUGCUUGGAGAUGGCAGCAGCGCAGCGGGCGCAACUCUCGCUGGACAUUGCCGCCGAGCAUUUGGGCAACAAGCCCAUCAAGAGUAAGACGGCCAUGUUGACGGAGAAGCGCUUGAGUGCCGAGUCCAUGCCCGAUAAUACCUCAAGCAGUGAGGAGUUCGAUGAGGCGCGUCUCAAUGGCAAUGGCUACGACAUGUUCACCUACAAUGGCAACGAGCAACGCAUUUCGACUGCCACCACGCCUCACACCGAUCUGGCGCCCACUUUGGAGGAGGACGAAGAGCUGUCCGACUUUAGCUACGGCUGUGCGCCUCUGAAGCAAAUCGAGCACAACAUAAGUGCCUUGCUGCGUGGCGACAUGCCCGUGGUGGUGCAGCAGCAUGCCACCAGCCACCAGAAUGGUGGCACACAGCCGCUCACAGCUGCCGAGGCGGAGCUGCAUGCCAAGCGUGUGUUGGAAUUUCGUCCGGGCGUGCACAAGUCGGAGAGUGCCAAGGAGAUGCUGCUGUCCCAGAAUGUAGGCUUUGGACCGCUGCCACCCUCACCGCCCAGCUCCAAUCCGGAUAUAUUUGACUAUGAUGCGCCCUUGCCGCCAUCGCCAGUGGAGCCGCGCAAGCCGCUGGAGCUGCCAGCGUCGGCAGUGGCAACAACUGUUGCUGCUGUGCCCGUUAAUCGCGGCACCACUGUCGUCGAGGUGCAUGCCACAGCCAGCGGUGCAGCGGUGGUGCACAAUAGCAAUAGCCACACGCGACGCAGUCGCGACAAUGUGGCCGCAGUGCGUCAUUUCAACGACGAGCUGCCGCCGCCACCAGCGCCAGCUCAUCAAUCGGCCAGCUUUGCGGAUGGACUGCCGGGCUUACCACCACCGCCACCAGCGGUGCCACCUCAUCGCGCCAGCGGACAUUCGGCCAACACCAUGAAGUCCUGGAGCAUUGAUUCGCAAUAUCGCAAACGCUCGCCCAAGCUUUUCGGCUAUAGCAGCGGAAGCGGCAUCACUACUCCCACUGGUCUCGGUACCAUGCCACCGCUGCCGCAGCCGCCAAUGAGCUCGACGGUCAUGCGACAGCGGGGCUCUGUGAUCGGCACGGGCUCCUAUCAGCGCAGGUACAUCAACUACGGCACCAAGCGUAGCCUGAAGCAGUCACCGCGCGAGGAGCAUCGCUUGCAAACCUCCUGUAGUCUUCCCGAAACGCCCAUAUUUGCCAGAGGCUGUGACAUACCACGUACGCCAUAUCGUCGCCAAAAUGAUCCCGUGCCCGUCAGCGGUUCGCGCACAGCGCCACGCUCCAGCACAUCCAAUAGCAUUAACAUGGGCAACUCCAUACUGGGCAUAGGCGCUGGCGCCUAUGGCACGGCGCAAAUUUGUCGCCAGCGUUCCAUUAAUCAUGCCUUAGCCUCCAAUGAAAUGCUGCGCAUGACGGGCGCACCAGCACGUGGCUGGUAUCCCAAGCAGCGCAGCAUGCGUCCCGCCUCGACGGAGAAUAUUGAUCGCUUGGCCUCGGUGCGUGUCUGGGACAAUCCGGCCGGCAUGUCCGGCACGGGCCAAUCACGUAAGCCACUCACACUGCCGCCCAAUUUGACGCCCUCGUUCUUGAACAAAUCGCCGCGAGAGGCGCUGCGACGCGUCACCAGCUUGCUUAUUACCAAGAAGAAGCACUCUAAGGACCGCAAGCAUAAGGCCUAUAGUGAUCUGCCUAUGGAUGAUAGCAAUAGCAAGCAUGCCUAUGAAUUUGAAACGGGUUCCACCAAGCGCAAGGAGAGCAGCAGUCGCAAGGAUAAUGCUGCCGGCAGCGUCGGCACCACACCCAAGGCUAAGAAGAAAGGUCUAUUCAAAUCGCUUUGGAAACGCACGAAAACCGCCUCGCUGGAUCAAUAAGGAGAGAACGUAUCGAAACGCAACGUUGGUUCCAAGAGCCACAACACUGCCCCUCUUCCAAUUUGGAUAUAGUAUAUUUUAAUGAACGUUGAUAAUAAUCGCACUGUAAUCAUGUAUGCGUAUACAUAUGUAGCCCCCCUCUGGAGAUAAAACCCAUUUACAACCAUUUGCAAUGCUCUUCCCCCCGCCCCCAACUCAUCGCAACUAUUUACACACGUUUGACAUAUUCUCACGCUUGUUCGUUCACCUUAAAAGUUUCACUAUACUAAAAAACAUAUGCAAGCAAAAAAUAAUUUAUAAUGCUAUAUCGGUCAUCUAGUGAUGAGUAAACUGAUUAACUCAAUGAAAAAAAAAAAUGCACAAAGCCGUGAAUCGUAAAGACUGAAAACAAAAAUUGUAUGAAAAACAAAAGAAAAAUUUAUCACACGAGAGUCAACAUAUUUGCACAGCACACAGAGUAUUACAAGCAUUUGGGAACUUGUCUUGAGCCCCAGGCAAACAUUGAACUUGAACUUGCAACAAUUCCAUGGCCACACAGCUUACUUCACCACUUCACCACCUCACCAGACAACAAGACACAAUAAGCCGCACGCAACGAUGAACAACAAACAACAAAUGCUAAAAAAAAAAAAA